UUAAAGAUAAUGAUAGUUUUGUUCCUGGAUUUUCUUGUGAAUGUGAAGAAAAUUCAGGAGAAAUUUAUAAUAAUCAUACUAGUGCAAUUUCAUAUUUAUAUCAACGCCUUUUUGGAACUACACCGAAAUUUUCUGGUCCAUUAAUAAUGGGUUUUGAAAACAUAGAAAUUUUAACUAAACUUCUUUUUGAUAUUCCUUUUAGACCAUUUUCUUUCAAAUUAGAUAAAUUGCAUAUAUUUGUAUAUAGUAUUGGUAUAUCGGAUAAUAGCUGUUUAUAUAGUGCAGGUCCCGGUUUUAAUUCAUCUUUUAUAUCUGUUAUUAAAAAGGAUGGUAAAGCUAAAAGUGCAGUUGUUAUUCAAGGAAUUGAAAAAACAGGUUGUUUUAUAAAUAUUUAUGUUGAUAAUCAACUGUUUAAGCGUAUUGAGGGUGUUGAUCCAAAUCAAACAUGGAAAAGUCAAGAAAGGUUAGCUAAGACAAGCAAAUUGUACUGCCUACCCGAAGAAUGGUUGAACAAGAUGAAAAUGGACAAAUUGUUCAAUUAUCAUCUUCAUAAAAGGAUAAGUGGCAAUAUCAAUUGGUUUGAAUUUUUCACUGAAUGGACAGCAAGUAAUAAUGAA